CUCAGCUGUAGUCCUGUCUCAGGCUCCUUUCCUGCAUCCCAGAGGGGCCGUGGAGCCAGCCUGGGGUGCAGUUAUUCUGAGCACUCAAUCACAUGGUCUCAGAAACAUCUUAAUAAAUUCUGACCAGCAACACUGCCAAACACAGCUUCGCCUCAAAACAAAACAGCUACCCAGGAUCUCAACACAGCAAGACAGCACCUUGUCCAGCCGAGAAGACAGGAACUCUGGUACCCAGCAAAAAUGACUGACAAAAGCCCCUUCGAAACGGAUAUGCUGACGCUCACGCGAUUUGUUAUGGAGAAGGGACGCCGCGUAAAAGGAGCGACGGGGGAGCUGACACAGCUGCUCAACUCCAUGCUGACUGCCAUAAAGGCCAUUUCCUCUGCUGUCAGAAAGGCAGGCCUUGCCCACAUGUUUGGUAUAGCUGGCACUGUGAAUGUGACGGGUGAUGAGGUGAAGAAGCUGGAUGUUUUAUCCAACUCCCUGGUGAUUAACAUGCUCCAGUCCUCCUACAGCACCUGCGUCCUAGUCACAGAGGAGAACAAAGAGGCCAUCAUCACCCCGAAAGACAAGCGGGGUAAAUACGUGGUGUGCUUUGACCCCCUUGACGGUUCAUCCAAUAUAGACUGCUUGGCACCAAUAGGAACAAUAUUUGCCAUCUACAAAAAGGAAACAGAUGACGAGCCCUCUGAAAAAGAUGCUUUGCAGCCUGGACGCAAUAUUGUUGCUGCAGGCUAUGCCCUGUAUGGUAGUGCUACGCUGGUUGCCCUCUCCACAGGGCAAGGAGUGGACUGCUUCAUGCUCGAUCCGGGACUUGGUGAAUUUAUUUUGGUGGACAGAGAUGUUAAAAUCAAGAAGAAGGGGAAGGUAUACAGUCUCAAUGAAGGUUAUGCCAAGUAUUUUGAUCCUGCAAUGACAGAAUACUUGCAAAGGAAGAAAUUCCCUGAGGAUGGCAGCUCCCCAUACGGUGCCAGGUAUGUGGGCUCCAUGGUAGCUGAUGUUCACCGUACACUGAUGUAUGGUGGGAUCUUCAUGUAUCCUGCUAACCAGAAGAGUCCUAAAGGAAAGCUCCGACUUCUCUAUGAAUGCAACCCUAUGGCUUUCAUCAUUGAGCAGGCAGGUGGAAUGGCAACUACAGGGACCAAAGCAGUGUUGGAUGUGAAACCUGAGAAUAUUCACCAGAGAGUUCCUCUCAUACUUGGCUCUCCAGAUGAUGUGCAAGAAUACCUUGAUUGUGUUCAGAAACACCAGAAGAGCAGCUAAAGUCUUUCCACAUCAAAUAUUGCUUGUCCAUUUUCAGUUUCCAAGAAAAGCUUUACCUUUCAAAACGGUGGAUUCUAGCAUUUACCACCAAUCUCAGUGAAAGUCCCAAUUUACAAAAAGAGGAAAAAUAGUGAGAUUUUGUUUCUCCUUGCAGGCAAAUGUAGAAAUCCUUUAAUUCUGAUUUAGGCAGGUCAAGUAUAGAGACAGUCAUGACAAACAGCAACUACUUACUUUAUAUAGUAUUAUACAAUGUUAACAAAAGGAACGGUAUCCCCAUUUGAUCCGAAGCUUUACAUUUGACAUUGCAUGGACAGCAUUGUUUGCGACAGGAUUUCCACAUCAAUAUUGGCAAUGCCAUUAUCUGGAUUUUUUGUCAGGUUUUCUUGCAGAUGUUUUUUAUCUUGACAGCCCUAAGAAGAGCAGAAAUCUCAUGCUGUCUGAAACAGUAUUUUUAAGCUGAAAAUUGUAUAUAUUUUGGGUAAUUAAUAGAGAUGAAAAGGCUGCAGCAUUGCCAGGGUAUUUGAUUUCUCAUGAGAACAGGAAAUAUCAUCUGUUGUAUACACACACCUUUCAAAGCACAAAUUACAAUAAAUCAUUGCUAUGGAUGUGAGACUCAAA